UUUUAGUGUUGCCAGAUGAAAAUACCGUAAGAAAUGCCUAACCUUAAAUGAGGGAAAAGUUGUGUAUUCUCUUUAUCAGUAAAUUCCUUAUUUUAGUGAUAAUUCUAUAAAAUACAGAUCAUGGAUGAUUGGAGCGUUUGUCGAUUGUGCCUUCAGUCAAAGGAAGAAUUCAUGAAAUCCUUUCAUGAUGUUAAUUACAACAUGAUACCCUUCUUCAACAUCUAUUUUGAACUGGUGGGAACUACAUUAACGGAGUAUGCCACGUUCCCAGGGAAGAUUUGUCAAUGCUGCGAAGAAGAAUUGAUACAGGCUUACAAGUUCCGGGAAAAGUGUUUGGAGACUGAGGAUAGAUUAAAAGACCUAACGAAUGACGAUGGAUUUGGAUUUGGAGGGUCAAACAUUGAAUUUAUUACGCCAACGAAAACUGAGGAAACAGAAUUUCCAGACAAGAAGCCUGAAAAUCCUGAAGAAUUACUUCAGGACAAUUUUAAUGCCACUUCACAGAGUUCACUUGUUGAGAGUCAGCCUUGCGAAAUUCCGGACGUGAAAUCUGAAGAGGAUACCAAUCUCUAUGACGAAGACACAGCAACUGAUGAUAUUCAGACAGAUUCUUCGAAAGAGAGAUCAUCAUCAGGCCAAAAGAGAAUUGUUCAUAAAUUCUCACGAAGGCAAAUGAAGAUGUUGGAAUUGAAAAAUAUCCAAUGUAGAAGAUGCAAUCAAGUAUUCAAGGGUAUUGAGAUGUUUAAGAAGCAUGGAUGCAACCAUGUGAGGACCAAGGAGGAGGAGCAGCAGAAGAAACUACAUGUUUGCGAUGAAUGUGGAAGGAGUUAUACAUCCCGAACUUGCUUCAAUCAACAUAUGGAUAAGCACAAGAACAACAAACGCUAUGUCUGCAAUUACUGCGAUAAGAAAUUCUUUGGAUGGAUCGCAAGGCGAACUCAUAUCUAUAAAGUACAUCUAAAGAAGACUUACUGUGAGUGUUCUCACUGUGGCAAAGGUUUUUACAUGCGACAUGAGUUGACUAAACAUAUACGUUCUGUUCAUAUGGAGGGAUUUUCGUAUCAGUGUGAAGUUUGUGGUAAGACAUUUAAACGAAAGGACCAAUUGAAGGAUCAUGAAAAAAUCCAUGAGGGUAAAAAGACAUGCAAAAUAUGCUCAAAGGAAUUAAAUAGCAUUGCAUGUCUUCGUCAACAUAUGAGAACGCAUAGCAAUGAGAAGAACUACAUUUGUCCUGUCUGUUCAAAAGGAUUCACAUGCAAUUUCUCAAUGAAAACUCAUGUCAGGAAACUACAUCCGGAUGAUGUGCACCUUCUUCCGCCAGAUGGCACAAUCGUAAACCAACGAUAUUUGAAACAAUUGAAGGAAAAGGAAUAAAGAGGGAUUUGUAAAGGAAA